GUUAACGUUUUGCUACUUAUUUUGCUAGACUAUUGACAGCUAAAUAAGGUUGUUAGAUAUAGCUAGCCAGACAUAUCAAAUGCUCCUGACUGGAUGUAAGCCUACAUUAGCUAAACGUAAUCUAACGUUAGCUAGUUAGAUAACCAACGAGUUGAAAACACACCAGUUUCGCUAGCUAAUACGUUAGCUUGGACAUAUGACUUCAAAUGGAUUCGGGUCAUAACGUAACAGUUACAUGCAAAGGUGUGUCUAGGUAACGUUAAGCGGUUUAAUUUAGCUAACUCAGAAGCUAGCUAGCGUUAGUCACAGUGUAAUCACAGACUAAGUGCAGUUAGUCAUCUUGUUCCUAGCUAAAGUUAACUUCUAACCAGGUAGCUAGCUAACUAAGCCGCUUUGCGACGCAGCUGAUUUCGCCAUCCUGAAGUAAGGAUGGCAGGCGACGCCAGUGGCAUUCCUGAACUGGACCAAGAUAAAUAUGAUGCAGAUGAGCAAGUCAAAAUCAUCUGCCUUGGGGACAGUGCAGUGGGCAAAUCGAAGUACGGAGUUAGGGAGCAUGCCAGCUAUCUCUUGUCACAGCAAAUUCACCUCAAAGAUGAUAGUGCUUACUUUUUGUGACCCAGGAGAUAGCUGGCAUGCUCCCUAACGGCCUCUUGUUGUCUUUCAGGUUGAUGGAGAGGUUCCUGAUUGACGGAUAGUAUCCUUUCUCAUCUAUUCAUUCUGCAAUUGGGUUGAGUGUCACAUGAUUACAGAAUACAUUUAUCAGUAUUUUGGGUUAAUGUAGCUAAGUAAGUGUUGCCUAAUGUUGAUAGUAGUAAAUGGAGAGAAACCCAAUGCCUUCUCAAUUCUUCAUGCAGUGACCGAUUUAGCUUGUAACUGGUCAGUCAUCCAGCGUGCCGACAUGCCUUUUGACCAGCAAUGUUACCAUAUGCUGUAGCUACGGUACAGAUAGUUGACAGAGUUUAUUAUAUUCCUUAACUUGUUCUCCAGUCGCCCCCAGCAGCUGUCAACCUAUGCCCUGACGCUCUACAAAUACACUACCACCAUUGACAGAAAGGCUGUAUUAGUAGGUAUGUUUAUGAAUUGUUUCCUUAUCAAAAUCUCUGGUUUAAACUGAUGAGUUGUUAAAAUAGUCAGCUGGUUUUAAAUAAACUGAUCUGUUAUUGCUGUGAACCAUAAUCCUGCUGUUCUGUUAUCUGGUUGCCAUGCUAUCUGUUUGGUUGCCUUCAGCUGUGUUUGUGCUUAUGUCUGCCCCAAAGACUUCUGGGAUACGGCUGGACAGGAGCGGUUCCAGAGCAUGCAUCCCUCGUACUACCACAAGGCUCACGCCUGUAUCAUGGUAAGACUUCAUGCUAGCUUCUAAGACAAUACUACUACAAGGCUUGCACUUAUGUCAUAGCCUGUAUCAUUGACUGUACCUGGGUUUGUCAGGUGUUUGACGUGCAGAGGAAGAUCACCUAUAAGAACCUGACCAACUGGUACACAGAGCUGAGAGAGUACAGGCCUGAGAUCCCCUGUGUGGUGGUGGCUAACAAGAUAGAUGGUGAGACCAGCCAGACAGGCUUAUUCUUCACAUCUUCUAUUCCCUUCCCACUUUAUUUUUUACUCGGUUGUUUCUGUUGUUUGCAGCUGAUAUGAAGGUGACCCAGAGGAACUUUAACUUUGCCAAGAAGCAGGGACUUCCUUUGUACUUUGUAUCUGCUGCUGAUGGGACCAAUGUGGUCAAGGUGAGGAUGGACAACACUGACCUCCUUAAUUACACACCAUACUCUGUCUGUAUACUGUAUUCCCAUGCAUAACAAAAAAAGGGGGGGGGAAAUUCUGUGUUCUAAAAAUGUAUCCUAGAUGUUUAAAGAAACGAUCAAGAUGGCGAUGUCUUACAAGCAGAACACUAGUGACUUCAUGGAUGAAGUGAUGCGGGAGCUAGAGGUACAUAUUUCUCUCUCUGGAUAAAAGCACUCUGAUAAUAUAUGCCCUCUUAUUUCCUUUGUUUCACUCUCCAGAGUUACCUGCAGCUGUUUGACUGACAGUUGCUCUGGCACUGUAAUUAGAAUUAAUGUAUUCGGUGCACAUCACAUUUCAUUGAACAGAAAAUGUGAACGAUAAUACAUUUGGUCUUAGCGUUUAGGCUCUGAUCUGCAGGGUGCUCCCUGCCCAAGGAAGUGCUCAGGUAAUUAAUUUGAUCAUAGCCAAGCUAGGGGUAGGGAGCAGAACCAAAAGCAGGCGUGGGGUGGGGUGGGGUGUGGUGGUGGUGGUGGGCAAAAAGCAGCAGCCUGCAGAUGAUGUGUAAUACACAUCUUACUGAGGUCCAUUUUAGAGUCUAAGGUCUCUAUUCAAUCCGUAGCGCUGAAGAUUACAUUUCUAGCGAACAAUCUAACGCUUCAUUCAGAUUGAAUAGUGCCCUAAAUGACUUAAGUGCACUAAAGCUACUCCUUUUCUGAACUGCAUCAUCAUAAUCUAUCUGUGGAAGACCAUCUCCCAUCGACAGCCAGCUCCCUGAAUUAUUAUUUUGUAUAACUUUUUUUUUUAGCGACUUUGAGAUUCUGUAUGAAAAGCGCGAUAUAAAAUACAUUUAUUAUUAUGUUUUUUUUGUUCAUCUCUGACUUGCAGAACUUUGAGCUGGAGCAGAACAAGGAGGAGUCGUUACAGACGGCUGAGGAGGGACUGAAACCAGAGAGCCCUGAGUCUGUCUGACUGGAUGUUGAUGUGGAUACAUUAUCCUCACAUUAUUGACACGUUAUCUUUACUUUAUACUGACGUUGUGAACACAAGAGCUCUGAUUCUGACUACAAUGCAGCUAUGGACACUGUGGAUAUGUUAUCCAGAUAAUGUCGACAUUCUACAUCUCUACCAUGGGAGAGCCUUGCUCCUGAGUGACUGAUGUUGUGGAUAUGUUAUAUUCAUGUUAUUCUCACUUUGUGGACAUGUUAUCCUUACAUUCUCCUCGUGUGUAUUUUAUGCCAUGGGAGAGCCAUGCUUCUGUGGGACUGAUGCUACGGAAAUGCUAACCCUUGACCCAUAUAAUAGUAGUGACCUGUGAGAGCUGGGGAAAUCUAUUGAUGUGAGAACAAACAUACUGUAGGAUAGAUGUUGUCAGGCAGGGGGAACGUGUGCCAAAGUGUGUGAAGCAGGCUAUUUAUUUGAGGUGAUCUAGAAUUUGAAGCGUUUUAAAAUGUGGGGCUAUCAUUCCUAUUCCUGCUAUUUUUGGAGAGCAAAGUGAAACUGUGAACGUGAAGUCUUUGCUACUUGUGAUUUUGUCAUCAGCUUUUGCUCUCUGAAGCUUUUACCACACGUUUAUGGGGAUUUGUACAAUUUAAGGUGAUAGUGGGGUACAUGUAUGUAAAGGCUGCUAUUGUUGCUCUUAAGUGCUACAGUGUAAAGCCAGAGCUUUUAUGUCAUGUCUUUCAUGUAUUGUCUUGUGGUCCUCUGUAGCUCAGCU